CGCCAUGCGUCACGUCAUGAUUCAAGAAGUCGUUCCAAGUCGCGCCAUGAUUCAAGAAUUCGUUCCAAGUCGUCACGCCAUGAUUCAAGAAGUCGUUCCAAGUCAUCACGUCAUGAUUCAAGAAGUCGUUCCAAGUUGUCACGCCAUGACUCAAGAAGUCGUUCCAAGUCGUCACGUCAUGAUUCAAGAAGUCGUUCCAAAUCGUCGCGUCAUGUUUCAAGUAGUCAUUCCGACUUAAUACCCUAUUUUUCAAGUCACCAUUCCAACUCAAUCCGCCAUUCGGUGAAGAAGAUUAUGAUAGAUAAAGAAGGUAUAAAGAAGUUGGCAUAUAUCGCACAGGCUCACUACAAUGCAGCCCCUCAGAAAAUCAGGGAUUCUGCAGAUAAGUUCUUCUGGAGUAUGGUGCAGAGAAGAAAAACCACAGUAACCAUGGAAGAUUUCGUGGAAUCCAUGAAAGAAAAGAGGUAUCCAGAAUAUGCCCACCCGGAGCUUUUCCAAAUGCUAGUGAAGGAUAGAAAUUUGGGUAUGGAUAUCACGGAAUCCAGGACAUUAUACUACAUUGUUCUCACUGGAAAACCAUUCUGCAGCUGGUGUAAAUGCUUCAUCCCUGACAUAUAUUUCUGCUGCUCUAAAUGCUCCGCCCGCUCUUACGCUCUGUGCCUCCAUUGUUACUCCACCAAAGCUUAUGUUAACCAUAGGCACUAUAGGGACGAUGAUGUCUUCUUCUUGGACUACACUGUACUGCAUAACACCAUCAAAGCUACCCCUGAUACAUCAGAAGCGAGGGGAAGCGGAUCCUCCAAGGCAAUUGUGGAAAGGAAUCGGGGUGAUAAACUGGUGACUGGAUGGAAUGUAUGUAAGGCAAUACUCAAUGCCGGCGGCACGGUUCUGUCAAUUGCCAGUACUCUUGAUGCUUGCACCAUAAUGUGAUGUAGCCAUGUAGGUGAUCUGAUGAUCAAAUACGGUCAAAGACAGUGUGGUCAAGCAAUAUGAACUCUUUUAAAUGGGAAAUCAUGAGUUCGAGCUGUAGGAAGUGUAUUGUGAUUGUGUUAUAUUUGGUGACUGAUGGCAUAUCUUAUCUUCAAAUCUUGUAGAUUCAA